GCGUUAUGGUAUAGUCUCGUUUAAUAAUGUUAUGGUCGUGUAAUAGAAGCAAGCUCAACGGAUUUGUUCCUGCCACUGCAACUGCUGCUACUGCUACUUCUGCUGCUGCUGUUGUCUCUGCUGUUUUUGUUGUUGCUGUUGUUCUAUAGCAUAGAUGUAGCAUCCCCUGGCCGCGAAUAUAAUAUAGAAAUAGACCACCAAAAGCACCAACGACCAAGCCUGUUAUUUUGUUAAAUUUCCUCCGUUGCCUUACAUAUAUUUAUAUAAAAAUUGUACACUGUGUGUUGUGUGGCAAUAACAACCAAAGUUGUUGUACCUUCAUAUAAAUAAAUGAAUAUAUAUUUACACGAGUACACACCGCAUAUAUAAUAAAUAUUACGGGCUUUGGUCAGCUGUGCGCGAAUAUAACACAAUAAUUUUUGCCUUUGUUCUUCUCAUAUUAUAAUCCUUGUGUUGUGUUUUAUUUCAAUCAUGUGUGUGGGGGGCUUUAGGGUAAACUGCUUUUGAACAAAUUUAAAAAAAUAUUUACCUUUAUAAAGAUAUUUUGUGACUCGGUUUAAAUUAAGAUCAAAAAUCCCUGCUGUCAAUUCGUUAAACAUGCAUCGUUACGUUAUCGCGUAACGUUAAACCAAACGUGAAUCAAUCCCAAUUAAAUGAAAAUUAAAAUUCAAAAAAGAAAAAUAAAUAACUACGUAAAUAUUGUCUGCCUGUGUGAAUGAGUCUACAUAUCUCCUGUGCUACAAAAAGUAAUUAGAUUGUGAAAAUGUGCGCGCACAUUCAAGUGGAAACUACAUUAUACAGUUAGAGAGGUGUACCAGUACCAGUACCAGUACCAGUACCUAUAGUGUAUAAUGUACCUUCAUCUCUGAUGGAGGGCAUUAGCCUGAUAAAAUUUUUAAAAAUUUACAAAGAAAAAUCCAUCAGUAAUGUGUUCAACCGCACCAAAUCGGAUAUCAAUAAUUAGGAAAAUAUUGAAGUGCGCGAUAAGAAGUUCAGUUCAAUCAGUGCUGUCUUCAUCAAUAUAGUAUCAAUAUAAUUUCAUAAAUAAAAGUUAAAAAAUCAAAUUUUAAGUGUUCACAAACACAUUUUAGGCGCUAACCGCGAUGUUCUCAGCUGUCGUUGACUUAAAAUUUAAUCACCUUCCCCCUUCUCCUCCAUCAUAUUAAGUUUUUACAUUUAUUGUCAAUAAUUUUUAAAUUAUUGAAACUCCUAUUGAAACAAAAAAAAACUACUAUAAGUUAGUAAAUUGAAUACCAUCGAAUUGAAAUGCGUUUCAUAAUAAAUAUUGAGUAAUACGAAAGUACUAUAAUACGAUUUUGAAAAUAAAUCUCCAUCAUUAAGUGGAUUAUUAUUUAUUGCACCAUCAAAUUUAAAACAUACCUCUUACCUUACCUACAAAAACUUCUUGAUCGUGGUCGUAGUCGUGGUCACUCACUCGACCUAAAUAACUAUGGAUGAGAUGGGUGACGUCGAUCCGGAAACGCUUCUGGAAUGGCUGUCUAUGGGUCAGGGUGAUGAGCGUGACAUGCAAUUGAUUGCCCUGGAGCAGCUAUGCAUGUUAUUGCUUAUGUCCGAUAAUGUGGACAGAUGCUUCGAAAGCUGCCCGCCACGAACCUUUCUUCCCGCCCUUUGCAAGAUUUUCCUAGACGAACUUGCACCUGAAAAUGUGCUUGAGGUAACAGCACGUGCAAUAACUUAUUACCUAGAUGUAUCAGCCGAAUGCACCCGACGCAUUGUUGCCAUCGAUGGUGCCAUUAAGGCAAUUUGUAAUCGUCUUGUUGUGGCUGAUUUGUCAAGCCGUACUAGCCGUGAUCUAGCUGAACAGUGUAUCAAAGUUCUCGAGUUGAUUUGUACUCGUGAAGCUGGUGCUGUAUUCGAUGGCGGUGGCUUGCAUUGUGUAUUGUCAUUCAUCCGUGACUGUGGGUCACAAGUGCACAAGGACACCCUUCACUCAGCAAUGGCUGUGGUAUCGCGUUUGUGCACCAAAGUGGAACCAAAUAGUCCAUGCAUUCAGGAUUGUGUAGAGAGUUUGAGUACUUUGUUGCAACACGAAGAUCCGAUGGUGGCCGAUGGAGCGUUGAAAUGCUUUGCAUCGGUUGCAGAUCGUUUUACCCGCAAAUGGGUUGAUCCAGCUCCACUAGCUGAGUAUGGAUUGGUGAGUGAAUUAUUGAAGAGGCUUGGCAAUGCUGCAGGUAACGCACAACAAGGAUCAAGUUCCACAUCGACUGGUCAUAAUGAUAGCUUGAAUGCGGUCACAACAACUAAUAAGACACAAAGCACUGACGCGACACGAUCCUCGCAAUCUAUAUCAACAACAAUCUCGUUGUUGUCAACACUCUGCCGGGGAUCUCCAACAAUCACACAUGACCUGCUUAGGUCUAAGCUGCCCGAUGCCAUGGAGAGGGCAUUGAAGGGUGACGAACGCUGCAUUCUUGAUUGCAUGCGUCUAGCAGAUUUGCUGCUUUUGCUUCUUUUCGAAGGUCGACAGGCACUAAGUAGAGUUGGUGCGGGUACUCAAGGUCAAUUGGCGCCAAGAGUACGCCGUAAUGAUUCAAGUGCUGAGCGCACACACCGUCAGCUAAUUGACUGCAUUCGCAGCAAAGACACAGAAGCUCUUCAAGAAGCUAUUGAAACCGGUGGAAUUGAUGUGAAUUGCAUGGAUGAUGUCGGACAGACACUCCUUAACUGGGCUUCGGCUUUUGGAACCCUCGAAAUGGUCGAGUAUUUGUGUGAGAAGGGUGCCGAUGUGAAUAAGGGCCAACGUAGUUCAUCGUUGCAUUACGCCGCUUGCUUCGGCCGGCCAGGAAUUGCCAAAGUUCUCCUUAAAUUUGGAGCCUAUCCAGAUUUACGUGAUGAAGAUGGUAAGACACCUUUGGACAAAGCUCGUGAACGAGUCGACGAUGGUCAUCGUGAGGUUGCGGCAAUUUUGCAAUCACCCGGUGAAUGGAUGUCCGCCGGGCGUAGCCAGCUUAAAUCUGAGUCUGAUGAUGGAACAACUGAACCACGUGGUGAUCCAGAAAUGGCGCCAGUGUAUUUGAAGUUUUUCUUGCCCUGCUUUUGUCGCACGUUCCAGGGAACAAUGCUUAGCAGUGUUCGUCGUGCCAGUUUAGGUCUUAUUAAGAAAAUGGUUCAGUAUGCUCAGCCAAAUGUUUUGAAAGAUCUCUGUGAUGCACAGUCAGCGGGACCUUUACCACCGAAUGGAACUCCACACCAAAAUCUAGGAACCCUUUUGGUUGAAGUGGUUGCAAGUGUUCUCGAUAAUGAGAUUAGCUACAGUUGGCCAUCAGCAUUGAUGACGAGUUCAUCGAAUUGUUCGUCGCUUUUAGCAACAACAACAACUUGUAGCAAUACUGCUACAUGUAGACAAGUAGUAGCCGCCAAGAGUGGAGCAAUUGCGCAAUCGAAUAAGCAGCAGCGUGUUGAAAAUUCACAGCUUUACAUUGUGCCGCCUCCAAAGCCUAAAGGCGAGGGGGAUGAUGAAGAUGGUCAUUUAGUUGUUUUAACUAUCAUUGAGGAAUUAACAUCGAAAACACAAGAAGAAUUUCUUGAUCAUUUUGCUCGAUUGGGUGUAUUUUCCAAAGUUCAAGCUCUCAUGGGUCCAGAGAAUGAAAUUCAAAGUGAGAAAGUUGUUAGUCUAGUGCCAGCAAUAACUGAUGAGCCAGGUCCUUCUUCGGCAGUUACUGCUGUCGUAACUGAAGAUCCUAUGGAAGAUGCCAAAGAGAUUCUACCAGGAAAAGCCUAUCACUGGCGUGAAUGGAGUAUCUGCCGUGGACGUGAUUGUUUGUAUGUUUGGUCUGAUUCAGCAGCUUUGGAGUUAUCGAAUGGAUCAAAUGGUUGGUUCCGUUUUAUAUUGGAUGGAAAACUAGCAACAAUGUAUUCGAGUGGAAGUCCUGAAAAUGGAAAUGAUAGUUCUGGAAAAGGACGAGGCAUGGACACAGUUACUAGCGAAGAAAACCGAGGCGAAUUCUUAGAAAAACUUUUACGAGCCCGUUCAGCAGUUCGCCCAGGAACACCAUCUCAACCAAUUCUCCCAACUGUAUCUGUACUUCGACUAGUUGUCGGCAACUGGGUUCUGCAAAGCCAAAAACAAAACCAACUGCACAUUCAUAAUUCAGAAGGCCAUCAAGUGACAAUUCUGCAAGAUGAUUUGCCAGGUUUUAUAUUUGAAAGUAAUCGCAGCACCAAGCACACAUUUACCGCAGAAACUACUCUCGGUCCGGACUUUGCCUCCGGUUGGUCGGUAACAAAGAAGAAGAAAAUCAAAACCAAAACCGAAGUUCAAAAGAACCAAGUCAAGAAUCUGGCCCGAGAUCUCUAUAAUAAGUACUUUAAGGCAGCGCAAGCGGUUCCACGUGGAGCGGUGGCUAAGCUCACAGCAAUUGUAAAACUAAUUGAAACUGCUCUGGAAGAUCAACGUAUGUCACCAAACACAAAUUGGCAGGAGAAACUUAAUAAUGCUUUGAAUGAACUCACGAAGUUGCUGCACGAGGAUGGAGUUGUGAGCGCCUAUGAAAUGCACAGCUCUGGGCUGGUUCAGGCUCUCGUGGCUGUUCUUUCAAAGAACUACUGGGACAAUGGACUCUCGAGGAACAGAAUGAAUAAGCUACAAAAGCAACGUAUUGCAAUCUUCAAGAAUUGCAUACUAAAUAGCAAGAGCAGCGAUAAGAAGAAUACCGCCGGCAUUCUCGUCCAGAAGUUGGUGUCUGUGUUGGAGAGCACUGAAAAGUUGCCAGUCUACAUGUACGAUGCUCCCGGAACUGGUUAUGGCCUGCAGAUUUUGACCAAACGCCUGCGAUUCCGACUUGAGCGAGCUGCAUGUGAGACAACCUUGUUCGAUCGCACUGGAAGAACUCUGAAAAUGGAACCGCUUGCCACUGUGGGGCAGUUGGCCAAGUACUUGCUUAAAAUGGUCGCCAAGCAAUGGUACGAUAUGGAUCGCUCUGCAUUUGUUUACUUGAAGAAGCUUAAGGACUACAAAGCUGGCAUGGUAUUUAAACAUGAGUACGACUUCGACGAGGAAGGUUUGAUAUACUUCAUUGGUUCGAAUGGAAAAACAACCGAAUGGGUGAAUCCCGCACAAUACGGACUUGUCCAGGUAACUAGUUCGGAAGGAAAGAAUCUGCCGUAUGGAAAGCUUGAGGAUAUCUUAUCUCGGGAUAGCGUCAGUGUGAAUUGCCACACCAAAGACAACAAAAAAGCUUGGUUCGCCAUUGAUCUGGGACUUUACUUGGUCCCGAAUGCAUACACUUUGAGACACGCUCGAGGUUAUGGCCGUAGUGCAUUGCGCAAUUGGAUGCUUCAAGGUUCAAAGGACGGUGUCAGUUGGGUAACGCUUGUGACUCAUUCAGAUGACAAGAGCCUAGUUGAGCCCGGCAGCACGAGUACUUGGCCGAUUGUAUGUUCGCCCGACGAAAACCAAGGUUUCCGACACAUCCGUGUGCAGCAGAAUGGACGCAAUGCCUCUGGCCAGACACACUAUUUAAGCUUAAGUGGUUUUGAGAUAUACGGUCGAGUUGUGUCUGUUUGCGAGGACAUGGGUAAAGGAGUUAAAGAGGCUGAGGCGAAAAUACGCCGAGAACGACGACAAAUCCGCGCGCAAUUGAAACACAUCACGAAAGGAGCGCGUGUUGUUCGGGGCGUAGAUUGGCGCUGGGACGAUCAGGAUGGUAGUAGUGAGGGAACAGUCACAGGUGAGAUUCACAAUGGCUGGAUCGAUGUAAAGUGGGAUCAUGGUGUUCGGAACUCUUACCGCAUGGGCGCUGAGGGCAAAUACGAUCUGAAACUGACCAAUUGUGAUAAUCUGUCGGUGCUUGAAGGUGGCAACUCAGUUGCUCCCUUAUCAAAUAUAUCAAAGAAACUCGAGAACAAAAGUAAUGCCCUAACUAGUCGCAAGUCAAGUUCGACACCAUCACUGCCCGAGGCAACUGAAUUAAAUCGUAAUUCGGUUGCCUCCUCAGAUCAGGCAGCCUCCGCAGACAACCUCGCUUGGAAACAAGCCGUCGAGGCGAUCACUGAGAACGUUUUCUCAUCGGCAAAAUCAGAUAUUGUCACGACAGCUAAUCCCGAUGGCAAGGACACCAGCGGUUCUUCAGUGGUGGUUCAUCAUUCGCUGCGAGAGAGGGAGAACAUAACCGACUUGUCGGCAAUAAACAAUUCGAUGCAAGCUAUCAACGCCAACGUCGUGUCCGAUUUAGCUACAAUAACUGAAAAUCUGGCCCUAGCUGACAAUCUUUGCGGUGGCAGCAGCAGUGUGAACAAUGCAUCCAAGAACACACUAGCCGGUCUUCUGGCUAGUGGCCCCAGCAGCACUGGAGGUGCCACUCUCAUUCGCCAGCAAAGCUAUAGUGAGGAAAACAACAAGUCGUCAAACAUCGAAGCCAACAACAAAAUGAAUGCGAGCAAUUCUGUGAACAGUAUCAGCAAGAGUCUAUUGGUCAAUUUGAGGGCCAACUCUGGUCAACGAGUUUCUCAAUUCUCCACCGAAGCCAUGGAAGUGAUUGAUAAGAUGCGUGAAGGAGUUGACAUGAUUCGCAACAACACAAACAAUAUUCUUUCGUCUGACAUCCUUUCCAUACCUUCGUCCAAUUGUCUUGCUUCGGGCGUGAAGAUUCCCCUACCCAAGACCCAUGACGCAACAGGUAGCACUGCAGUAGCUCCUCCGAGUGCAUCCAGUACGACGGGUGGCGUUGUCAUUCAGAAACCCGACGAAGUUAUGCAUUUCAAGAAGCAACUGGUGGAAAAACACAUGGGCGAAUGUUCAGCCGGUGGAAAAGACGAUGCUAAGAUAACGACACCACCUGCAGAGAAUCCACCACCAGGAACAACAUCCUCAACAGCAGUUUCCAGUCAAAUGAGUGUGAGUGUACCAAAUCUGACUACCACUUCAGUUUCUGAGGCUCCAGCCCAACCAGACACAGCAACGCCAACAAGACUACUGGAAACAUUCGCCGCAAUGGCUAGGCGACGUGCAUCACAGGGAAAUAACAUCCAAAACGAUCAAAAGAUCAACAAUUCGAACUCGAAUGAGCGGAAUAAUCAAAACUCGGGAACUGGAUUCUUCCCACGUGGACCUACUUCGGUGACCAGUUUGGUUAAGUUGGCCCUGUCUAGCAAUUUCCAUUCAGGAUUAUUAAGCACAGCUCAGAGCUAUCCCAGUUUAUCAUCUAACAAUGCUGCAAACAAUUCAGGAUCAAAUGUUGGAGGCGGGACGAAUGCAUCGCCUGGCAAUCAAGUAUCAUCAACGAUCAAUCCAGCAUUGACAAUGAGUCUAACAUCAACGUCAAGUGAUAGCGAACAAGUGUCGUUGGAAGACUUCCUUGAGAGUUGCCGUGCACCUGCCUUGUUGGGUGACAUGGACGACGACGAUGACAUGGACGAGGAAAACGACGACGAAGAAAACGAAGACGAAUACGAAGAAGUUGGUAAUACUCUCCUACAAGUUAUGGUGUCCAGGAAUCUUCUGACAUUUAUGGAUGAUGAAACUUUCGAGAAUCGUUUAGCCGGUGUGGGCAAACGAAAAUCUUGGGACGAUGAAUUCGUUUUGAAGCGCCAAUUUUCAGCUUUGAUUCCCGCCUUUGACCCACGUCCAGGCCGAACCAAUGUCAAUCAAACAUCCGACUUGGAGAUAUCUCCACCUGGUUCAAGUACAGAAGUAGCAAAAUCCAGUGAAUAUACAAUUGUGCAACAGCCAGCUUUAUGCUUAACUCUUAAGGGUCCAGGCAUUGGUGGUGUUCCAGAUGUUGAAGUGGAAUUGCGAAACAACGAAUGGUCGAUAUUCCGAGCGGUUCAGGAGCUUCUUCAAGCAACACAGCUGAAUAAGGCAGAUAAAUUCCGCAAGGCAUGGGAGCCAACUUACACGAUUGUCUACAAGGAAGCAUUGCCAAGCGAUACAAGCAGUGCUGGCGAUGAGGAUGGUCCUAAUACCCCAGUAAUCUCCGUAAAGAGUGGUGCCUCAACUCUCUCACCCAACUCCCCUAUGCGUAGUGGCUUUACGACGUCAGAAAAUAUCAAUUGCAGUGUUGAUGAUGUCCUGCAGCUUCUGAGUCAGUUGAAUGCCUUGAAUCAGAAAGAAACAGAGAAUCUGAAUGAGAAGGAUGAAAGAAUGGAAGUAGAAGACGAAGUAGGCAUUUGUACCCUACCUCCAGAUAUGUUCAUGAGCAAGAAGAUCACGAAUAAGCUGCAGCAGCAAAUACAAGACCCACUGGUUCUCUCCAGUAAUAGCUUGCCCACGUGGUGUGAGGACUUAAACCAGUCCUGUCCGUUCCUAUUCCCAUUCGAGACACGUCAGUUGUACUUCAAUUGCACUGCCUUUGGAGCUUCAAGGUCCAUUGUAUGCCUGCAGUCGCAACGUGAUGUAACCCUGGAACGCCAACGUAUGCCAGGUCUUAGCCCGCGACGUGACGAUCAGCAUGAAUUCCGUGUCGGAAGGCUUAAGCAUGAGCGUGUCAAGGUUCCACGCAUGGAUAACCUGCUCGAUUGGGCAAUGCAAGUAAUGAAAGUCCAUUGCAAUCGAAAAUCUGUUCUUGAGGUUGAAUUCGUUGGUGAAGAAGGAACUGGCCUGGGACCUACCCUGGAGUUUUAUGCUUUGGUUGCUGCUGAACUACAGCGUGCAGAUCUGGGAAUGUGGCUGUGCGAGGAUGAAGAACAGAGUCUGGCCGUCGAAGAUCAAUAUAUUCACUUGGGCCAAGGCCAGAAACCCACUGGCUAUUAUGUUAGCCGUAGAGAAUGUGGCCUAUUUCCGGCACCUCUGCCACAAGACUCUGAAAUUUGUGAACGAGUCUCAAAAUACUAUUGGUUCUUGGGAGUUUUUAUUGCCAAGGUCUUGCAGGACAUGCGUCUCGUCGACUUGCCACUUUCAGAUUCAUUCCUUCAACUACUCUGCCACAAUAAGGUCCUAUCUAAGUCGAGUGUCAUUCAGGCAGUCAAGGCUUGUGAUGAUUUGAUGAUGUCAUCGAUUAUAUCCGAAGAUUCAGAAUUAGCUGAUACAUGUUCCAAACUCUUGGGCAAUGAAUUCCCCGAGUCUUGUUGGUAUGAUGGUGUACUUACCCAAGAAAAUCUUGCUGAAAUCGACCCAAUUCGUGCAGAAUUUAUCAAAGAACUACAAGACAUGGUCGUUCGGAAGCAAGCAAUCGAAAUGGAUCCACAUUUAUCACCGGAUCAACGAAAUCUAGCAAUAGCUGAUUUGAAACUUAUCACAAAGAAUGGAGAGGCACAAUUGGAGGAUUUGGCUUUGACAUUCACAUAUCUGCCUAGCUCACGUGUUUAUGGCUUUCAAUAUGCCGAACUUGUACCAAAUGGAGCUGCUAUUGACGUAACGAUACACAAUCUUGAAGAGUAUUGUGAACUUUUGAUGAAUUUCUCACUGCAAGAUGGUAUAGCCAAACAGUUGGAAGCAUUCCAUCGGGGCUUCUGUCAAGUAUUCCCUCUGAAGAAGUUAGCUGCAUUUAGUCCCCAAGAAGCACGUAUGAUGAUUUGUGGCGAACAACAUCCGCAAUGGACAAGGGAAGAUCUCAUCAAUUAUACUGAACCAAAAUUGGGCUAUUCCAAAGAUAGUCCUGGUUUCCUUCGUUUUGUGAACGUUCUUCUUACCAUGACUGGUCCCGAACGUAAAGCAUUUCUACAAUUCACCACCGGUUGCAGUAGUUUACCUCCAGGUGGUUUAGCCAAUCUACACCCUCGCCUUACCGUUGUUCGGAAGGUCGAUGCCGGUGAAGGUAGCUAUCCAUCAGUGAACACAUGCGUACACUAUUUAAAACUGCCCGACUAUCCAACUGAAGAGAUACUAAAAGACCGUCUAUUGACUGCAACGAAAGAGAAAGGAUUCCAUUUGAAUUAAGAGAACCACCCAACUACGCAAGCGUAACUUUAGGUCAAAGAGAGAGAUUUAUAUUUGUUCCGUUUCCGUUUCUAUACAAAAAAUAUUAGUACAGUACAAUUCAUAUUCGGCCUUUAAUAUAAUUAGAAAAAAACAAAAAUGAAAAGCAUUUGUUAAACAAAAUUAUUAAAACAAAUUAAUCUAAGUACAUAAAAUCAGCAAAAAUAAGAGAAAAACAAAAACAAACUUUUACGCUUGAUUUCAAAGAAGAAAAGUUCCAAAAUUUUACUCUCCCUCCUUUGUCUCGUUCGUUGCCCUUUUAAAUACAAAACGGGGGGAAAUAAAUACCAAAUGUACGCAUUGCGUUCCCAUUUUUCUUCUCAAAUGGAAAUCAUAUACUUUUUGUGUAAAUAGUUUUUAAUUUAUUAAAAUAUAAAUAUAUUUGGUAAUUAUGUAAUAAGAAAAUUUUAUCAAUGUGUAUGCGUACAUUCAUAUAUAUAUAUAUAAAUAAAAAUAUAAAAUAAUAGUCAAACAAAAAAAUGCAAAACAAAACUUCUAUACAAGGGUGGGAUAAAUAAUUAAACUAAUUGAUGAUGAUAAUGAUGACCAAUUUGAUGAAAAUUCGAGCAAGAGAUUGUGUGUGAAAGUAUUUUUUGAACGAACGUAUGCUUUUUGCUAAUCAACCACUUUAACAUACAAAUUUUAAAAUCAACUUAAUAAUUAUAUUCGUCGUCAAUACACAGUACACACACCUGCGCAGUGGAGAUUAAUAAUUUUUGUCUUAAAAUUUGUCAAAUAAUAUACAACAAUUCAUCUCAUACAGAAGAUUUAUAGCAUCAAAAUUAAAACAAAAAAAAAAUUGUAAUAAUUGCAAUUUAGACAAAGCAAAUUAUUUUGUUGUACAUGUUUGCUAUAAUCGAAACUUAAAAAACAAAAUAAAUAAGAAUACACAUAUUUAUGAUAAACAAAAAAAAAUAUCUAUUUUAGUGUUAAAAACUUAAUAAUAAUACAAAAUAUGUUGUUUUUUUUUUCUUUUCUUUAAUAUAGUUUUCUUGUUUUCUUUAUUUUUCUUCUUUUUUUUGAAUAAUUUAAUUACAUUUUUGUUUUUUUUUUUGUUGGUUGCACAUCAUUUGAUAAAUUGACAAAAUGAUCUUGUAUUUAAAUUACCUAUAAAUGUCAUUGAAGUUUGAUGUUAAAACUUAACAAAAAUAAAAGAGUAUACUUCCUCUCUUAUUAAAAUUAAUAUACAAACAAAAAAUGAGAAUCAGCGUGGAUUACUACUAAAAAACUAUCAUUCAUUAAAUUAGUCUAUAUUAUACAUUAUAAAUACAUAACAAAAACAAUAUUAUUGAAAUCAUGUUGAAUUAUUAUUCUAGAAGAUAAAAUAAAUGAGAAAAAAAUAUUUAAAAAAUGUAA